CUACCUUUUGCUCAUCACAGCAGGUACUGUGUGUGUGUGUAUGUGCGUGUGUGUUUUCAGGUUUUUUACUGUGAUAAAACACACAAAACGCACCACCUUAACCAUUUCCAGGCGUGCAGGUCGGUGGCGCUACACACAUUCAUGCUGUUGCAGGAGUACAGGUCGGUGGUGUUACACACAUUCAUGCUGUUGCAGGCGUGCAGGUCAGUGGUGUUACAUUCAUGCUGUUGCAGGCAUGCAGGUCGGUGCUGUUAUGUUCACGCUGUUGCAGGCGUGCAGGUCGGUGGUGUUAGUUCAUGCUGUUGCAGGCGUACAGGUCGGUGGUGUUACAUUCAUGCUGUUGCAGGCAUGCAGGUCGGUGGUGUUACACAAUUCAUGCUGUUGCAGGCGUGCAGGUCGGUGGUGUUACAUUCAUGCUGUGCAGGCGUGCAGGUUGGUGGUGUUAUACACAUGCUGUUGCAGGCGUGCAGGUCGGUGGUGUUACACACAUGCUGUUGCAGGCGUGCAGGUCGGUGGUGUUACACACAUUCAUGCUGUUGCAGGAGUGCAGGUCGGUGGUGUUACACAUUCAUGCUAUUGCAGGCGUGCAGGUUGGUGGUGUUACACACAUUCAUGCUAUUGCAGGAGUACAGGUUGGUGGUGUUAUACACAUUCAUGCUAUUGCAGGCGUGCAGGUCGGUGGUGUUACAUUCAUGCUGUUGCAGGAGUACAGGUCGGUGGUGUUACACACAUUCAUACUGUUACAGGCGUGCAGGUUGGUGGUGUUAUACACAUGCUGUUGCAGGCGUGCAGGUCGGUGGUGUUACACACAUUCAUGCUGUUGCAGGCGUGCAGGUUGGUGGUGUUACACACAUUCAUGCUAUUGCAGGAGUACAGGUUGGUGGUGUUAUACACAUUCAUGCUAUUGCAGGCGUGCAGGUCGGUGGUGUUACAUUCAUGCUGUUGCAGGAGUACAGGUCGGUGGUGUUACACACAUUCAUACUGUUACAGGCGUGCAGGUUGGUGGUGUUAUACACAUGCUGUUGCAGGCGUGCAGGUCAGUGGUGUUACACACAUUCAUGCUGUUGCAGGCGUGCAGGUCGGUGGUGUUACACACAUUCAUGCUAUUGCAGGAGUACAGGUCGGUGGUGUUAUACACAUUCAUGCUAUUGUAGGCAUGCAGGUCGGUGGUGUUACAUUCAUGCUGUUGCAGGAGUACAGGUCGGUGGUGUUACACACAUUCAUGCUGUUGCAGGCGUGCAGGUUGGUGGUGUUAUACACAUGCUGUUGCAGGCGUGCAGGUCGGUGGUGUUACACACAUUCAUGCUGUUGCAGGCGUGCAGGUCAGUGGUGUUACAUUCAUGCUGUUGCAGGCGUGCAGGUCGGUGGUGUUACAUUCAUGCUGUUGCGGGAGUACAGGUUGGUGGUGUUAUACACAUUCAUGCUAUUGCAGGCGUGCAGGUCAGUGGUGUUACAUUCAUGCUGUUGCAGGAGUACAGGUCAGUGGUGUUACAUUCAUGCUGUUGCAGGAGUACAGGUCGGUGGUGUUACACACAUUCAUGCUGUUGCAGGCGUGUAGGUCGGUGGUGUUACACACAUUCAUGCUGUUGCAGGCGUGUAGGUCGGUGGUGUUACACACAUGCUGUUGCAGGAGUACAGGUCGGUGGUGUUACACACAUGCUGUUGCAGGAGUACAGGUCGGUGGUGGUACAUUCAUGCUAUUGCAGGCGUGCAGGUCGGUGGUGUUAAAUUCAUGCUGUUGCAGGCGUGC